ACACAGAGAGGGAGGGAGGAGCAAGGGGGAGGGAGGGAGACACGCGGAGAGAGAGAGACACACAGGGAGGCGCGUGUGAGAUGCACGGUCCGAGAUGAGCUCGGCAGAGAGCUGAGCUCGCCGCCUCGAGAGAGCAGCAUCGAUUCGCGCGCGUAGCGCGCGCGCGCACACACACACAUCGCCGCGUCGCGUUUAACCCCUGUGUGUGUGCUCGCUCUCUCUCUCACCUCCGCUCUCCGUUCUGGGCGAGGGGGAGAGAGAGCGCGAUUUUCAAGAAGACAGCGAGAAGAGACGGGGUGCGAGUAGCAAGACCGGCGAGGGAUAGCUCCGGCUUCUCAACCACCCCCAUCCCCUUCGCUCCCCCCCCCCUCCACCGUGGGACAGCGCACCGGGAGAGGAGGGAGCGUCCUGCCCGGCACGCUACGGCCGGGGAGAGCGCCGUGGGACCCCCCCUUUUGCUUGACGCGGCGGGGAGUCGCGCAGCGAUGGGAAGGCGCUCCUCGUGAAAGACAUCACCAUCAGCAGCAACAUCAUCAGAAUCAACAUCGUCGUAAUAAUAAUCAUCAUCAUCGUCGUCGUCGUCAUCAUCAUCGCACAUCAGGUUGCGACGAGCUGAGCCAGCGCUUUCGACGCGACUGGAUCGGUAGCGGGUUGCUGGGAUUGAAUCCUGCUCGCGGGAACUGAACAAUACCAAGAUCAGCGGGAAACAAUAAAAAAGGAGAGCGUCGGAGAGAGCCGUGGGCUGUUGGAAAGCGAGACGAAGGGUGAAAGCUCAAUCGCAGCGAUAGACGUCCGCGCUCGAGAGCUCGCCCGCUCGGCUUGCCUCAGCUGACUUUUGAAGGAUCGCCCUCGCCUGGUCUCCCGUACAACCAAACAAGUGUCUUGUGGUGUGCGGUCUGUUCCCUGCAAAGUGAAAGCACCCCGCCGACGCAUGUUAUGCCCAUUCUUCCUGCUCGGCGACUCGCGACGUUGAGAAGCGCCCAGUACCUUUGGAUUAAAGGGUGCAGGUGAAGAGCGCGUGGGGAUGAGGGAACCCACGGGCGAGCGGCUGCGGCCGCCGCCGCCGCCGCUGCUGAUGCUGCUUUUGCUGCUGUCCCUGGUGCCCGGACGCGCCGAUGAAGUAAAUUACCGCGUGUUCGAGGAGCUUCCCGCGAACAAGCUGAUCGGGAACCUGGCACGGGAUCUGAACCUGCGAGCCCUGGGGCCCGGCCUCACCUACAAGAUAGUUUCCAAGUACGAGGGCUCGCCGCUCGUGCGCGUGCGCAACGACACCGGGGAGCUGUUCACGACGGCGACGCGCAUCGACCGUGAGCAGCUGUGCCCCGACGUGGCGGACGAGGAGGCCGGCUGCUACCACGAGGUGCAGGUGGUCGUGCUGCCGAACCAGUACUUCAGGCUCAUCAAGGUGAAGAUCCUCGUGGAGGACAUCAACGACAACGUGCCCAGCUUCCCGUCGCCCGUCAUCAACCUCACCAUCGCCGAGAACAUGCCCGUGGGCACGCGGUUCUCGCUGCAGGCCGCCGGCGACCCGGACGCCGGACUCAACGGCAUCCAGCGGUACGCGCUCACCGACACGGGCAACGCCUUCACGCUCGAGGUGAUAGAGGGUGCCGACGGGGAGAAAUCGCCGCAGCUGCUCAUCCGCGGCAGCCUGGACCGCGAGCGCAAGGAGGUGUACGAGAUGAAGCUGAAGGCGGAGGACGGGGGAGACCCGCCGCGCUCCAGCACUGCCAUCCUGCGCGUGACCGUCACGGACGUGAACGACAACCACCCCGUGUUCGAGCAGUCGCAGAUCGAGGUGAAAAUCCCGGAGAACACCCCCAUCGGCACCCCGGUCAUCCAACUGCGCGCCACCGACGCGGACCUGGGCUCGAACGCCGAGGUGACGUACUCGUACAGCGGCCGCGUGUCGGCGCCGGCGCGUCGCCUCUUCCAGCUGGACAACCUGACGGGCGUGAUCACGGUGCGCGGGCCCCUCGACCGAGAAGACACGGCGCUCUACCGUCUCGUCGUGCUGGCCACGGACCGAGGCCCCAACCCCGUGCCGGCCACCGCCACGGUCACCGUGUCCGUGGCCGACGUGAACGACAACGCGCCCUCCGUGGCGGUGCACGACAUCAUCUCGCCCGUGGACGGCGUCAUCCACCUGACGGAGGCGGCUCCUCCCAACACGCCCAUCGCCCUCAUCGAGGUGAGCGACCCCGACCUGGAGCAGAACGGCCGCGUCACGUGCCGCAUCGAGGGCGACGUUCCCUUCCAGCUGAAGCCCGCCUACCAGAACCACGAGAACCAGUUCCUGCUCGAGACCUCGGCCCUGCUCGACUUCGAGACGAAGAACGAGUACAGCGUGCGUCUCGUCGCCACCGACUUGGGCUCGCCGCGCAUGUCGAGCACGGCGACGGUGGUGGUGCGGCUGCGGGACGAGAACGACAACCCGCCCGUGUUCAGCCCGGGCGUGGUGGAGGCCACGGCCUACGAGAACAACGCGCCCGGCGCGCAGAUCGUCACGCUGGCCGCGGGCGACAGGGACAGCGGCAAGAACGCGCAGAUGCACUACUACCUGGGGCCCGACGCGCCGCCCGCCUUCAGGUUGAACCCUACCACGGGGGUGCUGUCCGUGGCCGAGCCCCUGGACAGGGAGGAGAGGAACCUGUACCGCUUCUCCGUGAUCGCCAGGGACAACGGCGCACCCUCCAUGCACGGCAACGCCACGGUGGUCAUCCGUGUGCUCGACCAGAACGACAACCCGCCCAAGUUCAACAACAAAGAGUUCAAUUUCUUCCUCUCCGAGAACCUGCCGCGCUUCGGCACGGUGGGCGUCAUCAGCGUGACGGACGCGGACGAGGGAAAGAACGCCCUGGUCACCUUCUCGCUGGUGGGCAACAGCGACAUCUUCACCAUCAACCCGGUGACGGGCAUGAUCCAGUCCAACAUCUCUUUCGACAGGGAGCAGAAGCCCUCCUACACGUUCCAGGUGCAGGCCGUGGACGCCGGAGAGCCGCCCAAGACCUCGCUGGCCAAGGUGACCAUCCACAUCAUGGACAUCAACGACAACGCGCCCACGGUGCUGCUGCCACCCUCCAACGCCUCAUACCGCCUCGUGACGCCGUCCACCUCGCCGGGCACCUCGGUGGCCGAGGUGAUGGCAACGGACAUCGACUCGGGCGAGAACGCGGAGCUGUCGUACAGCGUGGUGGGAGGAAACCCCUUCAACCUGUUCGCCAUCGACCAGGCGACGGGCAACAUCACGCUCACGCAGAAGCUGCUGCCCGCUCACCAGGGGCUGCACAGGCUCGUGGUGAGGGUGAACGACGCCGGCUUCCCCGAGUCGCUCUACAGCAUCGUGCUCGUGAACCUGUUCGUGAACGAGACGGUGGGCAACGCGUCCUACGUGCAGGAGCUCAUCACCAAGAGCCUCAAGUUGCCCCUGGACGUGGACGUGAUCGGCGACGGCCUGACCCAGUCGGACAUCAACCGCUACACGACCAUCAUCGCCAUGGUGGCGGGGGCGAUGAUCGUCAUCAUCCUGGUCAUCGUGGUGGUGCUCUUCCUGCGCUGCCGCGGCAACAGGAUGAAGAGCGGCGUGUGUCGCAGCAAGGAGAACGAGAAUUGGCUGUCGCCAAGCCAGCAGGACAAGCAGAGCAAGAAUCGCAAGAAGAAGCGGAAGAAAAAGCAGCAGCAGCAACAGAGCCAGGUGAAGACGGCGCCCUACAGCAUCGUGACCAUCGAGGAGCCCAAGUCGGACGACCCGACCUACCAGACCAUCAACGAGACCCUGGAGGAGCUGGAGGUGGACUGCCGCACCAUCCCGAGGCACAACACCUUCAGGCCCGACCGCACGAGCGACAGCCCGGACCUGGCGAAGCACUACCGCUCCACGUCGCCCCAGAUGGCCGUGUCUCCGCACGCGCACACGCCGCCGCUGUCCAAGAACCAGAACGUGAUCCAGGAGCUGCCGGCGGACAACACUUUCGUGGGGCUAGGCGGCGAGUCGACGUCCAAGCGCUCGUCCACGAGCUCGGACCACUUCAGCGUGUCCGAGAGCAGCUCGCAGAGCGGCUUCAGAGCCAACGUCCAGAAGCUCACCAAGCAGCAACAGCAGCAACAGCAGCAGCAACAGCAGCAGCAGGCUUCGCGACGGGUGAAGUUCAUGCUGGAGGAUGGCGGCACCCGCCAAGAGUGCUGCGACUCAUCACUGCAGAGCGUGGCGGACAGUGGCCUCGGGGAUCCCGAGGCCACCACCACCACGGCGACCACCGCGGCCGCCAGCAGCGGCAGCAGCGCUAGCACGGCCAGCAUGGCCAGCACCAGCGCCGGAGCCACGGGGGCCGGCAUCCUCGGCGUCGCGGGGACAGCGGUGGGCCCGGCCGGGCCCGGCGGCGUCCUGGCCGGCGGGCUGUCCGCCGCGGGGGCGGCCAAGCUGCCGGGGUCUCAGCUGAUGGCGCCGCUGCUCGCCGAUUCCCACUACGAGCGCACGACGCCGGACGGAUGCACCGGUGAGACCGAUCACCACCCCGAAAACGGACCUGCGGUGGUUCCAGCGCGCGCCGCCCUGCAGACUCCCAUCGUGGUGGCCAAGGACCUCCCGGACGUGGCGCUGCCUUCCAUGUGCUCCACCUGCACGCCCGAGUGUCAGAUGUACGGCCACUCCGACAACUGCUGGAUGCCGGCGGGCGGCGUCGGCGGAGAAGGGACGGCCAAGUCGGGAUCGCAGCUCUCCCCGCUGUCCUCCUACCCGGGGCCGCUGCACCGCCCCGAGUGGGACCGCCGUGACUUGGUGCCCAACGGUUCGGCGUUGUUCCACCACGGAGGUCCGAGCGGCGGCGUCGUCGGCGUCGGCGCGGGCGGGGGUAGCGGCAACGGCGGCGGCGGAGGGGGCGGCGAUGCGGUUGGCGGCGUGGGAAAGCCGAGCAGCACCAGCAACCGGCAGGCCAACUCCUACUACAACGCCUUCUACAGCAACAACUACCGCAGGCACAAUGACUUCCUCAACGAGGCAGAGGAAAUCCCGCUCGCCCGGCCCCAAGCGUACCGACCGGCCACCAUCAGCACCAUGUCCAGCCCGGACUUCAACAAGGAGCUCUAUUUGUAACCAGCGUGAAAUUUCCGGCCCAUCGACACGUUCAUAAUCCGUCACACCCCGCCAUGUGUCUUUCACUGCAAGCUUUCGGCAACUCGAGGUAGCUUUACUUUUGUUAACUCUCCCCCCCUCACCCACCCCUUGCCCCCCGCCGCCCCCACCCCUCACCGGACUCGGACUCACUGUCUUCACCACCUCGUUAUUUUCAGAUGUGUCCCCAGUUUGGUUUUCGUUUCGCUAUAAACGAUCGACGUAAAGUUUCCCACUUUUUUGUUCAGUUGGGCCGGUCAAUAGAACAGUUGAUGUGGUUUGUUAUAACUGUGGUUAACCAAUGGUCCCGUGUUUCUCGGGGGGUAUUUUUUUUUUUAAAGAAACAAAGCUGCCAAUAUUAUUUGCUGCUGAAAGUCACAUUCGGACAAGUUGAAUGGAUGAUUCGCCAGGGUGAAAGUCGGCAUUCAAACUUGCCAAAUGAGAGUCGAGUCUGGUAAAAAGAAAAAGUUUCUAUGGUCUUACCAACAUUCCUACGAUUUCAAGCAAUCUCAAAUCUCACGCAUAUUUUAGUUUGUUCUCACACGGAACAAAACGACCUGGAAUUUAUCCAUGUCGCCGUCCUGAACUACGUCUGGUAAAGACGACCUUUGUGGGUAGCUAAAUGGCCGUUGUAUAAUCAUGUCAAAUAUUGUGUGCAGACAUCAAAAGCUUUUAGGCUCAGGUAGAAAUUUAAACAGAAAAAACCCGCUUCUAUAUUUUCUGUAACUAGAGCGUAGAGUUAAGCGCAAAUAGAGAAAUAAACAAACACAUUGUGUACAUUCUGUGACAUCUACGAUGGCGCCAGCCCAAAUUUUAACCUGAAGGGUUUUUACCUCUAUCGUUUCAUUUCCGUUUUAGACGACAACGUUUCGUUCACACGACGUUGUUUUUGUUUGCCCAAAUUACUCCUCCAACUUUAACCUCCACACCCCCCACGACGUCGCGCACUAAACUCCACCACUCAACGGAAGGUUUUUGAAGAAAAUAAAAACAACGAAAAAAAACUCAAAGCGAGACGAACAGAAAAGAGAAAGAAACAACAACACACACACACACACCAAAGGAUGAACUUGAUUUUGACCAACAAAAAGGAGCCGUUUGGCUAAAGAUCAGCCUCCCCACAUUGACCCCGGGGCUGAACGCUGUGCCCUGACUGUUGAAGCUGUGAGCAGACUGACAGUGCCCCUCCUUGAUGUCCACGUCGGUGGUGAUUGUUAUAUAUUUUUGUUGGGUUCGGCGUUUUCUGCGCGCUAGCUAUCGUGGUAUUUACGUAUGGUAAUACCUUGCCUGUACAGCUGUGUGUACGUGAUGUAUUCUGACACCACCUUGAAAACCCCAAUAAAAUCUGGAAUUGUCUAUUAUCCGUGUGGACACAAUGCACAUCGUAUGUAAAUAAGAACAAGAAUAAAAAGACGUUGAAAAGUUGAUAGGCUUUAUAUUAACUUUACCUUCAAAGUGGCACGCACCUAUGCUUUAACAUGAUGUGUUGUCCUAAUGCUCUGAACUCUGUUCAACGUCGCGCCUGUUUUUUGUUACUUUCACUUGUCUUAUUUUUUUCCCUGUGCCUCGCCUAAGCAACUCGGUGGCUCUGACGAGCAAGCGUCGUGUCGGAAUGGUUGAUGGGGCAUUCAAAGUAGCGCCCUGGAUCCUCGGCAAGGUGCCAUCUCGCCAGCUUGGCACCCCACUGUUGACACCGCGACACGCACAUACGGAGUGGAACUUCACGGCACGCUUUGAGCGCCUUCCACGUGCCACCGUUUCACGCGAAAUGAUACAAACUUAAACACUCCGCUACGAGCGUCCGCAUGCAGCCGCACACCUCUGGACAGAUGCUUUACAAUCAAAUAAAAAAUUUGAGACGUGAAUUUAAUACGAUAUGAAUAUAUAUAUCCCGAUACAGAAAUACGUAACAAACAAUUACGGAAAAAAACAUACAUUUUUUUAAAGUUACUUUUGUUUCUUAUUAUUGCUGUUGUUAUUAUUGUGAUUUUUUUUUUAUUCGGCUUUGGAGAGCAAAUAAGUCUCCAGCCCGAGACCAAAACAGUGACAGAGUUUCAACUGGGCCACGUUGAAGUGAGAAUGCGGAUUGUAUGUAUGCGGAACUUCUUUUGCACCGUGCGUAGCCAACCGUACUAAUCGGAGGUGCGGAGGAAGGACAACAAACGAAACACACGCAAAAAAAGAUAAACCCACUGCGAAAUUGCAACCCGCAGUGGCCAGAUGUUAGGAUCGGCAACGUGCGAGGGGUUCCAACUCUGUUAAGUGAAUCCCUUUCGGAAAUGCAGAGUGGACGUGUUGUGGAUGUGAUGGGGUGGCAGUGGCGGUGGUGAGGGGUGGGGGCAAGGGGUGGCCUUAAUUGGUCGCUCAAUGACGAAGCUGUCGGGGUCAAGGAGGCUGACGAGGGGCAGGGCGGCAGUCGACCCCCAACGAAGCAACGUUCUCCCCAAGUGAGCGCCACGUCCAACUGUGCCGCAACUGAAGCCUGAGCGUGACGCUUCUGCGGCCGCAGUUUGUCCUACCCGGCCAAACUUUCCAGCCGGUGGGGAGAUACUGCGACCGGUAAAUUCGGCACUUGCGACGAACUAGCGGCGCUUUCCAGCCGGUGGGGAUAAACUACGACCGGUAAUUCGGCACUUGCGACGAAUUGGCUGCGCCGCGAGACUUCCCCGUCAACCGACGGCGUCGAUCGACGGCCGUGAAGACCCCCGUGCCUCGUUUUUUUUUUCUUCCCGCGGGAGAGGUCAGAUUGCAAAUCCGCGUCUCGCUCGGAGCGCUGUUUAUGCCACCGCUUGUCGAGGGUGUCCGAUAAUCUACUAUGCCUUUUGUUACUUUGAACGCCGUCCGCGCGAAGUUUCGGGCUAUGCGAGAGCGCCCUGGCAUUUGUGUUCCGUUCCCGAAUUCUCACUUUGGUUCACGUUCGGCCGCGGUAAACACUCCCCUCCCCCCCAACCCACCCCACCCUAUCCACCCCGCUUCACUCGGUUCGUGCGUGCCUACCGCACGUGGCAAGCGUGGGGGUUAUCGCGCGCGGCGAAGAGCCCAGCGGCCGUGUACUUUCCUAUUGCCGUAACCUGUGUACAGCGAAUGAAAUACGACCGUUGUUACCCCUCCGCAAGAGAUAGCCUUUCGUUUCGCUUCCGUGUCUGACAACGCAUUAGUUUAUCGUGGUUUAUACGGUGUUUCAUUUCACUUAAAUUUAACGUUUAAAAACAUCAACACCAACCGCAACACGAGUAUGGAACGCACGUACUUGGAUUAUCGUUUUUUUUCUCUCUCGAAAAGAUAAGGCUUUCGCUUUGUUAGCAAUGGUGUACAAACCGUGUAUGUAUAUUACUGUGUAAAGUAACUGUGGAAAAAAAAUGAUUUAAGGUAAAUACAAAAGAGGUAAAACUGCUAACCAGCUGAUCGCACUCACAAUAAAGUUUUGUGGCAUUUAGUUGGUA